CUAAUGACACGCAUAGCGCGGGAGUCUGGAUAUUAUUUAGCUUACUCUCCAAUUCUUUCUUCUCAAAACUAUCCAAUCGGAAAUGGAAGCUCCUUCUCCGGUGACAGAGCUCUGUUUAGACUUAAUUUUAGCUGCAUUUCAAAGAUGUCGAGUAUCUGAAGAUAUUUGCAGGCUCUCAAUCAUUCUCAAAGCAUCAUUAUCUCCGCCGUCGGAUUCUCCAAUUAUUCGGAUUUCAAUUUCGGAUACUGGAAUCGGAAGCAAUUUGGAAGAAUUUCAAAACCUAAAGUGUGCUAAACAAGCCAUUGAUACACAACACUGGGAUGGUUUGCUUUCUUUCAUAACAACCAGCACUUGUGAUAGUGAGGUUUAUCGUUAUGCUUUAAAUUUGAGAGAGAGUGUUGGUAAUGGAAGAUUAACUCGGUUACCUUCAAAUCCGAAGAAUGGUGCUAAAUUCAGCGGGAGUGAAGUAUGUUUAUCUGUCUCUGAGAGUCUUGAUGCUUUAGUACCGGCCAUCAAUCAUUUCUUUCGAAAGAUUCUCAUCUUGAAAAUUCCUAAUGUUGCAGUAGAUCUGGUGGUUGAAAAUGAGGACAUCCCUGGAUCACGAUUUGAAAAUGUUUUUUUAGCAAAUGAGAGCAAUCCAUUGCCUUUUUCAGCUCCAAAUUACGAGCGUUUGAAGUCAGGCCUUGAAGAUUAUGUUAUAAAGCAUGGACAUAGGCUAAAUCAAAAUUGCAAUCCAUGCUUUUUGAUUCGGGAGAAUCUUAAGGCUGGGAUUGGAAUGGCAUGCAGCCUGGAAAGUGAAAGGAGUUCAGGACUGAUAGCAGAAGUGGUAAUAAUAAUAAGCGAGUGUGGACCAACCUGUCCUUACUACAGCCAAUGUAGCUCAAAAACAGAGAUAUUGUACUUUGAAGACUUCAGACCUUGUUCGAUUCCUGACCAAUUUGUAAAUGCAUUGUCUGGCAUUGACUGGAAAAGUUAUGGAUUGUCGUUGGGGAAUGUUGAUGAUCAAGAAGGUAACUUUCUAGAGUGGGAAAACUUACCACCUGGUACUCAUAUAUCUAUCGUUCUUCACUGCUACCGUAAGCAACCUUCAGUAAGGCGUAAAUCUCAAGCUGAUCGUUCUCUUAUCAAAAGAUCAGUUAAACUUGCAUUAGAUGAUUUGAAGGAGAAAUAUUCUGGAACUCUUCUAAGCAGACAUGCUGUCAAGAUUCGCAGUUAUGCUCCUGAUCUAGCAAAGUCAAUUGCGGGACUCAUUUUGACAUCCAACGAUUCAGACUUCCAAGAAGAAUGUUUUUCUCUUCUUGGUUUGCAGACUAAGGAAAUCAAAGAGGAAACUGUUGAAAAUUGUAUUAAAGAGAAGAUCAUUUCAGUUAUAAAUACAAACGACAGGAAGUCCCGGAAAAGCACAGAAAUGGCAGCAGCACCUUCUCUUUUUGAAGACGACUGCAGCUGGAAUUCGAACUUUCACGACAAGGAAUACGAAGAAGGCGACGAUGAAAGUGAUAAUUUGUUCGAUUACUUGGACUGAUAAAGUCAGGAGGGCCUUCAGCAAAAUGCAUAUCAGGUUAGGGUGUAAAUAUAUACUUGUUCAGCAAAGGGUGUUGGUGCUGUGAGCUCAAGAGUGUGAAGAAGGUCCUCAUAAGUCAAUCGGCUAGGCUCGAAAACAAACAUUCCGGCGUUAAAGUACAAAGGAGGAGGAGAUCCCAUUUCUGCCGGCCAUGGAACCCUACGUGGGCACUGUUGACAGUAGCCAAUUUGGUACUGAGGAGAAUGGCUCCAUGUUUUCUCACAGAAGCAGUCCAUGCUCGCAUAUAAGUAGCCAUCGGGCAUGUCGAAGAGGUGAUCUAUAUUUUCAAACACUUGAAUAUCAGCAUCCAAAUAUAUCAUCUUGCUGUACUCCAAAAACUGUAACAUGAACAAACAGUAAUUAUCAAUAGUCAUCUUUUAACUACA